AUGUCCAAAGUCCCGCCAUCGGUCAUGUUCCUACCUAAUUAUACUGACUCCAGCAUGUACGCUGUGCCUUCCAGACCGCCAUUUCUUAUUGGUGAUGCGGGGUGCUUCUAUCCGGUCCUUCCUAUACCUCAAAACCAGUAUUUCCUUCAAUAUGGUCAGCCUUUCGUCUCCUUCUCCGGAGGCGACCGAUCGACCUCACACCUACAAAUCCAGCCGCAAUUAGUUCAUUCUCAGCCACCGCAAUUUUGCAUGACUCUAAACAACGGAAAGCCAUCAACCUCGCACCCGGUCUGUCCUGAAACACCGGCCCUCAUAAGCGAAGUAGCUGUCGGUGCUGCCUCCCGUGACGCCCUUCUCGGUGCUCCCCGCGUCCACCCAAACUUAUAUGAUGCUCAAGGUUCAGGUCGAAAUCACCCUAAGACCACGCAACAGUUGAGUCUAGUAGCCGCCCAAAAAAACUUCGGACGACACGACAACACUCCAACCCAUUGCUUGCUCAAGGCUGGGCCCAGCGCUGGCCCACGCGGCUGGCAGUCUUCUCCCCGACAACACUCCGCGAGCAAACCGGCUCCGACAGCAGUCCGACAGUCCCAAUACUCCGAAAGACCUGAAAAUCGCCCCCUACCACCAAGAUCACAAACUGUAAGUGACCAACCAUGUGCAACUAAUGGUCGGGUCAACCUUCCAGAGAGUUUAAAACCUUUGCGUGAGUCUGUCGACCGGACGGCUUUUGCCAUCGAAUCUCAAAAAACUACAAAAAAUGUUUCAUCUACAGACUGUUCCUUUUGGGACCGGAUGAAGGAAGACGUAGACAUCGGUACUCCGCUUGGAUACCUUCCAACUAGCACGGCCCUAGAGAACAAAGACGAGAAAAAAGACUGGUUUUCAGCCCGUCCUACCAAAAAUAGCAAGACAGAGGUUCGCCCACGCAAACAGCCGGAUGAUCCUGAAGAAUUGUUUUACAAAAAAUUCGAUCGCUCUCUCAUAAAGUUAUGUCCGACUGCGGGGGGACACGACUCGCAUGAUACACUCAGGGAUACGCAUAAAUCUUCCUCGGCACAUGCGAUCUCAGGCAAACUCUCCUGUUCCUCGAAACCACUGACUGAAGCCGACCGAUCAUUGGAGAAGUUGGCUUCAGAUCUCAAAGCGCGUCUUAUGGUGGAGCCCCCAAAGACGGUCGCGUCAUCGUCCACGCAAAACCUCUCCUCUCAGAACUUCAGCUAUGCAGCCAUUGCAGCAGCCGCGAGCUUGGCUGUAAAAGCUGUACCCAAACCGUUACCGACCCCCAACAACUCUUCUGCCGCGCCUGCCGUCAUAAUUGCCAAAAGGGGACAGUCACUGCCUGGCCCGCCCGGCUCUCGAGCGCCACAAAAGCGUCAGAAAAAGGCCAAGAAGUCGUCUCAACGGUCAAAUAAAAGGCUUUCUGACGAACACUUGAAGCGUCUGACGUCUCGUUUCAGACAGGCUCUGGCGGUGUCUGUCGAGAGUGCGCCCACACGCCGUCGGAAGGAGCGUGAGAAUCCCAAACCCAAACGACUGACGAAAUUAAAACGUGGUGUCUUGAAUGAUCGGUUUGCCAGACGACAUGCAGUCGUCAAAACUGCUUCGCUGCCCUAUAAGCGUUUAGAAGUUUCCGAGGAAUUCCCUACCGUAAGUGAAAAGGAGGGCAGCUUGAGGCCACUCGAUAACCAACCCUGUCGCAUCGAAACCCCUGACAGACCCACUUCUCAGACAACGGACUCUAGCAACGCACCUACAACAGACGUUCUAUACGCAGAAUUGGCAAAAUCGCCCAACCCUUUGUCAGUGGCAGCCACUCGUGUAAGUUUCUCCUCCCUUAAACUCAUACCGAGUGGGUCAGUCAAACUACCUAUUCCACCAAUAUCGACCAUAUUUCUUCCUUAUGCUCCACUAUUGAUCCGGUAGAGGUCUUAAAACCGAUUACAUCUUUUUUAUUUGAGUGGGAUGUGCCUUUCAGUUUGUACUGCCUUUACGCCCUACGAUCUUGCCUCCAUAUGAGGACAUUGCAGUCUUUAACGUCAAAAACGCCCCCUAAGCAGCGUAAGCAUUGUGCAGUGAGACCGGUGCGCUCUGUCAAGUGGCAUGUCUGAUACGGAUUCUCUACAUUUAGAUGCCUUUUAGUCUGUUUAUUGAUAGUAUUCAAUGGAAGGCCUUCAUAAUGCUUCGGAUUAAGGGGCGAAUUCGUUUCACAGUUAUUGGCUGAUAGCUGGAAUUUUGAUGUCAUAGGUCAGACUUCUACGGCGCUUAUUACUGCCCAAGGUUUUGUCCAGACCUUUGAUACAUGGCUUAUCCCUAAGAAUACAGAGUUAUCUUAGUGCCGCCUCGCAAAAUUACGAACAGGUCAGAAAUAGUAACUACUAGAGCAGCUCAUUUAAAAAAUGCAUCGCUUUUUACGGGAAUAUAUUUGCCCUUGUCCAACAAAAUCGUAAACGGUUGUUAAAUUGGCUCUUUGAUUUCGAGUUUUCGUCUAUAUAAUGUUGAUCGUCGUUGCUACUUACUGUUGUUGUUAACGCUGUUAAUAAUAUAGGCAAGGAUCACCAGUACUUAUAGAUCCACUGGGUUCUCUUGCCAUUACGCCCUAGAAUGUUGCUCCGCCCCGUUUUCCUGAAUUGGAAACCCUCAUACAACAGAUCAUAACGUCAUUGGCCGACUUCCACGAUCGGGCCUACAAGAGCAAUGAAUCAAACGCAUCAAAGAAGAAGAAAGCACGGAGAAUCGUCUGCGGUUUCCGUGAGGUGAUAAAACACCUCAAACUGAACCGUAUGAGACUUGUAGUGAUUGCCACGGACCUCGAAAAGGGCGCUUAUGAAAUAGGUAUGCAGAUCUUGAAAAUUCUAUACGUUUUUUCCUUGACACUCAUGCUUCUGCCUUAAAAUCAUUACUGUGCUAUCAUGGCGGUCCGCAUGCAAUCAAUGAUUACUUUGACGCCCAUUUUAGAUGACCGGCCGACCCUAGAAGAUCCAAAAGUCGACAAUGCCGUUAGCGACGACGCAAUCCCUAGUCGGACAAACGCUCUCGCCAAGGUCGUUCAGGAGAUUGUUCACCUGGCUAAUCAGCGGGAGUGUCCAAUAAUUUUGGCCUUCAAGAGGCACUACUUAAAACGUCUGUGUCACAAGUCUAGUCCAGUGAGCGCAGUCGGCGUUAUCAAUGUGGACGGAGCAGAAGACAAGGCCAAACAGCUCUUAGAAGAGUGGAAGCUCCUCGUAACUCAGGCUACAGUCACCACCUGA